AUGUCGUUCGGCGGAUUUGGGGGCGGUUUCGGCUCAAACACCAACCAGCAGUCCUCGGGCGGGUUUGGUGGCUUCGGGGCCAACAAUAACACCACUCCAUCAGGCUUCGGCUCCAACACGGGAGGCUUUGGUGCAUCUCCCAGCACGGGCGGCGGCAUGUUUGGCAACAACGCUACUUCGGGCGGCUUUGGCGCAACACCUGGCGGCUUUGGAUCAAACACGGGCGGCUUUGGCAGCAAGCCUGCUUUCGGCUCGACCCCUACUACUACUCCUGCUUCAGGUGGUCUUUUUGGAGCCUCCAGCACCCCUAGCAGCACCGGUACGGGCUUUGGUGGGUUUGGAUCAAACACCAACACUACCACCCCCUCUGCGUUUGGCAGCAACACCACUGGUGGCGGCCUAUUCGGCAAUGCUAAUAAACCAGCAGGCGGUUUUGGAGCUGCGAACACGGGCUCUCUGUUUGGCGCCAGCAACACUAACGCCGCCUCCAACACGGGCACGGGCACGGGCUUUGGCAACUUUGGUUCGACCAAUACCUUGGGCGGCGCCACUGGCGAUCCUCCCGGCACGGCUGUCACUCCUUUCCAAGCCUUUACCGAAAAAGAGCCCAACAGCAGCACCAACCUGUCCAACGCCUUCCAGAACAUCUUGUUCCAGGAUCCCUAUAAGAAGUGGUCUGCUGAUGAGCUGAGAUUGGCGGAUUACGUCCAAGGCAGACGACACGGCAACCCCAGCGGCGCUGGAGCUUUUGGAGUGAACUCGGGCUUUGGCGGCGGCUUCGGCAAUCAGACGAAUACCCCCUCGACCGGCGGCUUUGGAGCGACAAACACCACCGGGGGACUGUUUGGAUCAGGCAAUACUGCCAGCAACACAACCUCUGGCUUCGGCGGCGGCUUUGGUGCGCAGAAUACUCCUGCUGCUAACAACACUGCUGGUGGCCUCUUUGGCAACACCAACAAGCCAGCCGGAGGCCUUUUUGGAAACACUCAGCAGAACCAAACCGGGGGAGGUCUCUUCGGAAGCGGCGCUACCAACACUGCUACGACUGGUGGUUUUGGUCAGACACCAAACACCCAGAGUGGUGGGCUCUUCGGCGCAACGAACAAUGCUGCGGCCAACACUGGUGGAGGCUUGUUUGGCAACACUGCUCAGAAACCCGCAGGCACUGGAUUCAGCUUCGGUAACACUGCAAAUACGCCAUCUACGGGCUUUGGGGCGACCGGUGGCGCUUUUGGCUCGAAUACCAACACCGCGACUGGUGGUGGUCUCUUUGGCAACACCAACGCCAACCCACAGCCUACCGGAGGUCUCUUCGGGAACAACGCCCAGCAGCAGCAACCCUCAGGAGGCUUGUUUGGUCAGGCGCAAACCCAACAGUCUGGAGGUCUAUUUGGCAACACUCAGCAGAAGCCGGCUACCGGUGGGCUUUUUGGCUCCACGCCUGCCGCUGCCAGCACUGGUGGCGGCCUUUUCGGAGGCAAUACAGCUCAGCAGCAGGGGACGAUAGGACUGGGAGGCGCGAAUACAAAUGCUGGAGGCCUUUUUGGAGCUAAGCCAGCUACAGGCGGUGGGCUCUUUGGCUCCGCGCCUACCGCUGCCGGCACAGGUGGUGGCCUUUUUGGCGGUGCCAACACGACCCAGCAAGCUGCUGGCACUGGCCUCUUUGGUUCAGCCGCGAAUCAGCAGAAGCCUGGCUUCUUUGGAUCUACGCCUGCGGCGACAGGUACGGGAAUGUUCGGUGGCGGUGCAGCGGGAACUCAGGGCGGCAUCUUCAGCAAUGCUGGUGUCCAACAGCAGCAGAGUCUUGGCCUUGGCGGUUCCUUGCUAGGGGCUUCUCAAGCAGUUAACAACGCGCCCCAAGGCCUCACUGCAAACUUGAGCGACGUGUCGGCUUAUGGCUCACCGUCGUUGUUCUCUGGAAUUAGUGGAGGCGACGUCCCGAACCCCGGUCCACUCGCGGUGCCCCUGAGCGGACAGCCAAAGCCCAAGAGACCGUCCAUCUUCCCUAUGUACAAGUUCACACCUGCGGCAUCGGGCCGUUUUGGCACGCCUCAGAAGAGAGGAUUCGGCUUUUCUUACAGCAGCUAUGGUACUCCUGGAGGAGGAAGCCCUGCAGGUCUCUCUGGCGCUCCCAGCACUCUGGGCCGUAACUUGCUCGGCGCCAGCAGCAGCGGCACCGCCCUUAGCAAGAGCAUAUCCUCAAGCAAUCUGCGCCGCACCGUCAACGCUGACGACAGUAUUCUCCUACCUGGCGCCUUCUCGAAUACUAACAACACGCGCUGGUAUGGAAGCACGGGCUCGAAGAAGCUGGUUAUUAACCGCGAACUACGGAGUGACCUCUUCUCUACGCCGAACAAGGAUGGGCGGAAUGGCGAUAACGGAACUGGCCCACGGAAACUAGCUAAGCGCGUUAGUUUUGAUACCAACGUAGAUGGUGAAGACUCUACCCCUGUGCGAGCAUUACCGGCUCCCGGCGAUAUACCAGAAACUCCUGGUGAGGAUACUCCCCGAUCGGACAAGUCUACUCCCACCACAAACGGACUUUGGACUCCCGAAAUGGAGCAGGUCAAGGGCAAGGGCAAGGAGAAGGAGUUGACCAUUGUUCAAGAGGAAGACAGUGCUACCCCCGAGCCCCAGGCCAACGGUUUCGACAAUGCUCCAGGGAAGUACUGGAUGAACCCUCCGCGAGAGGAACUCCAGAACAUGAACAGGAUUCAGCGACAGCGGAUUGAUAACUUCAUUGUUGGCCGAGAAAAUGUCGGAACCAUUGCCUUCAAGAUCCCGGUGGAUAUCAGUGGUAUCGAUUUAGAUGAGCUUUGCGGCGGUAUCAUCCAACUCGAACCUCGAUCUGCAACCGUCUACCCCAUUGCGGCGAAGAAGCCCCCUGUCGGAAAGGGGCUGAAUGUGCCUGCCAAGAUCACAUUGGAGCAGUCUUGGCCUCGCGGUGGUCGAGACAAGAGGGUCGCGAGCGACCCCAAGCGCUUCAACAAGCACAUUGAGCGGCUCAAGCGCAUCGUCGACACGACUUAUGAAAGCUACGAUGUGGACACGGGAGUUUGGGUCUUUUCCGUGGAGCAUUUCACAACCUACGGACUCGACGACUCCGAUGAAGAGACCGAGUUUGACACCACUCUCGACCUUUCUACUGCUGCCCCUUUGUCCAACGUCGCACCGCCGGCGGCUUUCCGUCCGUCACAGGAUGAUGAGAUGAUGGAUUUUCCUCAAUCACACAUGCUACCUGGCGCAUUCAAUGACCAGGAGAGGCUGUUUGCGACCGAGCUCACUGGACGACAGUCUUUUUUAGGGGCUAGCUCCGCGGACUCUGCCACACAUGAUGUCAAAUUGUCGCUGGAAAACGAAGUGACCGGUGACGACAUCGCAGAGUAUGAUAUGUCCGAGGAUGAAGACAUGACGAGGUCUUCUGUCGGACAGCAUCUCGCCGCGGAGCAUGACGAUGCCUCGUCCGAGGGUGGCCAGGAUGUUAAGCGCUCGACCGCGACUCCUGGCGGCAUUCUCAGAGCCAGAAUGAGAGCGAUGAAGGAUUCAGCUGGCCCCGUUAAGCUUGAAGUCGCAGAUGGCGACGAUUGGAUGGAAAUGCUAAGGAAGACGGUCAGCCCGAUGAAGCGGGACCGCCAUCUACUAAGGGAAGAGGCUGAUUCGACCUCUAAGCAGGGGGGAAAGACAGUCACGUUUGAUCUCGAUGAUGAAUCGGAUUUUCGAAAGUCGUCUAUUUGGGGCAGGAGCAUUAGCAGGCCCGACAGGAAGAAUGGAGCUGCGACUGGUGCUCAGAUUGGUAUGGAUCAAGGACGUGGAUUUGCCACGAGUAUUGACUUGAUGAAUUCCUUGUUUGAGAAGCCAAAGCCAAAGCCGGCACGCCAGGAUUUUAACGCUUCUCAGUCCUCCCAAGGUUUUCCCAAGUUCCCGUACGAAAGACAGGCUAAGACCGCCACGGCUGAAGGGGACGAGCGCGCCUUUCACAGCGCCUCGAGGCCAACCUGGGGCCCGGAUGAGACGCUUGUCUUGGUUCGGUCCUUGGACGGCUCACACUCGCGCCGGUCAAUACGUGAUACCUCGGAUAUCCUGACAUAUCAACGAUCUAGUAUACAGACCGAUGAGCAGGACAUCCGCCUGGCUACAUUCACUGCCGAACCAUCAAAGAAACAUCUCGCCUCUCAGGAUGUCGUAACCGAGAUCGAUGUUGUUGAAGGAGUACCACAAGCCAGCCUUCAUGCCACAAGUCUCAAGAGCCUGUAUCAGCCUAAAUAUACGAAUGAUGCGGCCAGUAUCCAUGAGAAGCAGGUGUGGGAGCUCGCAAGCAUCCUGUUCGACAAUCUAGACAACCAAAACUCGAUGGAGGAGGAACAUUUGGUGCGAAGAAAUAAGCUGUCCCAGUUCUGGUCCGAUUUGGUCGAACAAGCCUCAUCUACAGGUAUGGGUCUAGCAGCUACCAGUGAAGAGAAGGCGCUCGCAUGUCUUGCCGGUCACCGAAUCCCAGAAGCCUGCAAGCACCUCUUGGAUGGCAAAAACUUUCGCCUUGCAACUCUGGUUCCCCUGAUCGGCACUAGUGAUGUCGCCAAGAGGGAAAUGAGAGAGCAGGUCAAGUCGUGGCUGGAUUCGAAGAUACUGUCCGAGUUUUCCGAGGCCAUCCGUACCAUUUACGAGCUCCUGGGUGGAAAUGUCUGUGUCUGCGAGGGCUUGAAGGGUGUGCCCAACGAGGAUCGAGUUGAUUCCUUUAUCAUCUCAAAGCACUUUGGUCUGGACUGGAGACAAUCUUUCGGCCUGCGAUUGUGGUAUGCCAUUUCGAACCAUGAUGACUUGUCCGCUGCCGUUGAAAAGUUCAAGGGCGACAUUGAUCAAGACAAGGAAGACCUGCCUCGCCCUUGGUAUGUUGAGCAAGGCAUCGCACCUCUUUGGGACGACGCCAAGAUCGAUACCCGCCAAGAUCUGUUAUGGGGUCUUUUGCAGCUGUAUGCUGAUCAAGACGCCGACUUGGAGGCUGUCCUUCGUCCGGAGAACUCGCAGCUAUCCCCCCUUGAGGCAAGACUUCGAUGGCAACUGGGCAUCGCCCUGACAUCCACUGGCAAGGUCUCGUAUGGCGCAAACGGGGUUGAGAAGGCUGAUGCUGCCACUCUUGCAUAUGCUGCCCAACUUACCCGAGCAGGCGAGUGGCUCGAAGCUGCUUUCGUAUUGCUACAUCUGCACCACACAGCAGCGCGCAAAAAGGCACUCCAAGAACACCUCUGCCAGCACGCCAACUUGAUUGGAUCUGAGUCGGAUGCCAACUUUGCCAUGCUCACGGAGAAGUAUCGCAUCCCAGCAGCUUGGAUCUGGGAAGCUCUUGCGCUGUAUAUGCGUUGCGUGAAGAAGGAUUCCGUGGCCGAAAUGCAGUGCCUUUUGCGAGCGGGAUCACACGUUGAAGCCCAUCGCAUCUUGGUUCAGCAUGUUGCUCCGCAGGCCAUCGUCGAGCGUGAUUACGCCGGCUUGUUGUCUCUCAUCUCACAGUUCCAAGAUCGCCAACAGGGCAUCACGGAAUGGACUCAAGGUGGCGAGAUUUAUGGCCACUUCCUCCAGCUGAUCGAAUGUCGCGGCAAGGGAGAAAGCGUUUCCCCUGCAUUGCUCGACAGGCUCCUGGCUGGUCUGAACGCGAUGAAGGAUAUUGGAGUUGAAAACAAUAUUACGCGAUACGCCGCUAUUUCCGACAUGGCAGACGAAACUGCUAGAGAAAUUGUAAAGUUGACACGACAGAAACAGGAUAUGGAACUUCGAUCGAGAAUUUUGAGCCUUCCACUUACCCAAGAUCGACUGCUCGCAUACUCGGUUGACCUGAGUCUGGACCGUUACAGAGAGAUUGAUGCGAUUCUGCCAUCGCGCGUAAUGAAGAUGCGGAUGAAGCCCCAAGAUCACGUCGGUUGUAUAAGUGACAAGACACGCAUUGGACCCAACGCCAAAUCUUCGGCCACGAAUAAAUCCUGCUCUUGCAAAACAAAAUUCCAAUCCAAUAUUGCAUCAUUUGCAUCUUCCAUCUUCCAUUUCCCCUUGAAGAAAACCAUGUCAAAGCCCAAAAACUGGCCUGCAACGCUCCCCUAUCUCAAAGCCCCUCUCUACGGCAAAGACAUUUCCCCAACACACAUCCAAUUCCUCCGCACAAAACCCCACGACGACAGCGCCAUCGAUCAGAUUCCCAUAGCGCCAGCCUCGUCGCCCGCAACGGAAACGCCGUGCCCGCGCGUCAGGAUCCAGGCCAUCACGGACCGCAAUCAUCCUGCAUACGGCCAGUUCGGGCUGUUUGCGGCGCAGAACAUUGCGCCGGGGGAGUUGAUACUGGCGUACUUGGGUAGGUUGCACGGGCGGGCGACGACGAGCGAGGAGAGCGAUUAUGAUCUCUGGCUGGAUCGGGAGAUGGACGUUGCGGUGGAUGCGGCGAGGGAAGGGAAUGAAGGGCGGUUUGUGAAUGAUUAUCGUGGGGUUGAGGGUAAAGAGAGGGCGAAUGCGAGGUUUGGGAAUGUGUUUUGCGAGAGGUGGGGGGAUGUUUGCGUGGGGGUUUGGGCGGUGGGAGGACGAGGAGGAGGGAAGAAGAAGGAUGGGAAGAAGAAGAGGAGUGAGGGGGGGAUUAAGAAGGGGGAGGAGAUCUUGGUGAGUUACGGGAAGGGGUUUUGGGAGGAGAGGAGGAAAGAUGGCGAUGGUGAUGGUGAUGAUGGUCAAGGGGAGAAGUAG